AUGGCUUUGGCUGUGGAACGUGCCGAGAAGUCCGGAAUCGCCCUCGAGGCUCAGCAGAAAAUCCACGGCAAGUACGAUUCGAACUUGGCGACGGAGAUUUUACACUGGGUCAAGGUGAAUUUCGGUAGCAAAUUUUUUUGCUCUAUGUUAUCAACUUAUGUCAAGUUUUUAAGCCUUGUUUUUCAACAAUCCUUUCAAGAAGAUUUAAAGGUAAGAAUGAUAUAAACAAGUCUUUUAACUUUUAUUUUCUGUGGAAAAUUUUUGAUUUCUUAACUUUAACCCUAUUUUGUGGCUUUUCUUUCCAUUAAGACGUUCAUAUUCAGUGAAAUUGAAGUUUAAAUUAGUGAGUUUCGAAAUGAAAAGUUCGGGAUCGAUUUACGAAAAAAAAAAAACGUGCUCGUAAUUUCCUUGUAUGGAACUCAAUCUUUGUGAAAAUAUCUAUGCUUCGUGUUUUUAUUUCUGUAUACUGAAAUUCCACCAAGGCGUACAAAUAACAUUCAUCACAACUCACUGGAUUUCAGGAAGAUUGAAAAAUAUGCAAAAAAUUUGGGAUAAAAACUCCUUUUUUUUUUGCCUGAAACUGUGUUUUUGAACUGUGAUUCUAAGAAUAAUAAGUUUCAGAGCGUCACCAACGAGAAUUUCAACCCAAGCGGCGAUGUUGAGAAUUUCGUCGAGCUUUUCCGCGACGGAACUCUUCUUUGCAAGUGUGUACUUGUAGAAUACAGUGUUCAAAAGAAUUUUGCGAAAUCCGAAAUAGCCGCCAGAGAGUGAAAAGAAUAACUAAUUUUUGGAGAGUCAGAUAUAGUUUUCGAUUUCGCGGACAUUAUUUUUCACGAAAAAAAGUUUGAUUUUUCGUUCUUUUUCAAAAAGAUGAAUCUUUAUUCUAAGACUGGCAAACGCGUUGAAACCUGGCGCGGUCAAGAAGGUCAACGCCUCUAAAAUGGCUUUCAAGCAAAUGGAGAACAUCUCCUUCUUCCUGCACUUUGCCGAGAAUUACGUCAGCAAGACAGAGCUUUUCCAGGUUAGUUCUUAGUAGAUAAUUGAAAAAAAGGCCUUGUAUCUAAAAAGUUUAUAUUUUCUUUGGAUAAUUGAUAAGAAAUUAAAUAAAAAAAUAAACAGGUUUUUUUAUAUUCAAAAUGAAAAAACGUAAUUUUAAUAAAAUGUAAUUUUUUUAUAUGAUUAAUUUGUGAAGAGAUAUUUUUUCCCUUAAAGUUAUCGAUAAGACUUCCUUCUUACUUUUUUUUUUCGAAAACAGAAAAACGAAGACGAAAUUUAGAGUUCAAAAAGAUGGUUGGAAAUUAACCAAGUUUCAGGCCUUUUAAAGAUUUGACCUUUAGCAAAUUCUCAAUUUUAAGACAAAUUUUUUUUAUGCUCAUUUACCCAUUUGAGUACUUAAAAUUAGUAAAAUUACUUCAGAAUUAAAAAGCUAGUGAAAUGGAGUUUGUUGAAGUGUGUCGUUUGCAGACGGUCGACCUCUACGAAGGCCAGGACCCGAACGCCGUCCUCGUCUGCCUUUCUUCGUUGGCGCGCAAAAGCGAGAAAUCUUUCGGGCUCGCCGGCCUGGGACCUCGGGAGGCCGAGGGCGACCGCCGCCAGUGGUCCGAGGAGCAGUUGAAGGCCGGCCAGGGCAUCAUCGGGCUUCAGAUGGGCUCCAACAAGGGCGCCAACCAGUCCGGCAUCAACUUUGGCAACACCCGCCACAUGUAG